AUGCCAAUCCAUUCCCGGUUGGAGCUGUGUGGAGCAUUGAUGGCGGCUCAGCUUUCGGAGAAGAUUUCUAAGGCGAUCAAGAUGAACGUGCAGCAGUUUUUCUGGACGGACUCUACCUGUGUUCUCCAAUGGCUAAAGGCAGUACCCACAACGUGGACUACAUUCGUUGCUAAUCGCGUGUCGAAAAUUCAAGGAAUCACCGAGGCGCAUAUUUGGCAGCACGUUCCAGGAACCCAAAAUCCGGCCGACUUAAUUUCGCGCGGAUUAACUCCAGAGCAGAUCCAGCACAGUGAGCUGUGGUGGGAAGGCCCCCCAUGGUUUCAGGCAGGGCUAGAUUCAUGGCCAAGGCAACCGACAAUGGCAAACGUUGAGGACGUAGAAGGGCGCUCAGCAGUUCCAUGUGCGAAACAGCAGGAAUAUUUCGGAACCUGGUACGUUAGCAAGUUCUCCAACUAUCAAAAUUUGAUGAGAAGUACAGCGUACUGGCUACGAUUGAAAAAUACCCUCAAGCGGACUGAGGCUAGCAGAAGAUGGAAAGGAAUUCUACAGGCAGCAGAAUUGAAGGAGACAGAGCACACGGUAAUGGGACGCAUUCAGCAGGAAACGUUCCCGAAAGAGUGGAAGGCGCUUUCGAACCAUGAAGCGGUAUUAAGGAGUUCACCGCUGCGCUGGUUUUACCCACAGUUGUCUAGAGACAAUCUGAUCAGAGUUGGAGGGCGAUUGGCCCACUCACAGGAAAAUGAAGAUACCAAGCUUCCAAUAGUUCUUCCAGCAACACAUCUUCUAACAAGAAUGCUACUAGAGCAUUUUCAUAAGGAGUUGCUUCACGCAGGACCGCAGCUUCUUCUUGGCACCGUAAGGCUUCAGUAUUGGCCAUUGGGAGGCCGCAGUGUAGUUCGGCAAAUAGUAUAUCGGUGCCAACAUUGUUUCAGAGCAAAGCCAAGACCUAUUCAACAGUUCAUGGGUGAGCUGCCCGCAGCGCGUGUAACGGCAUCAAGGCCAUUCUCACGCACAGGAGUCGAUUAUUGCGGCCCGGUACAUAUACGCCCAGGUCCCCGUCGUACGGCAGUGAAGGCUUAUGUAGCAGUAUACGUCUGUAUGGGCACGAAAGCUGUUCAUCUUGUAACAGAUCUGGACCGGUUUCUGCAGGCGUUACGCAGAUUGAUUGCAAGAAGAGGCAAGUGUUCCGACCUGUACUCUGAUAACGGGACAAACUUCAUUGGAGCUCGGAACCAACUGAAACAACUGGCUGAAUUGUUACACAGCAAAGAGCACAACGAGAAGAUAGCGAAGGAAUGCACAAAAGAGGGAAUCCAUUGGCAUUUUAAUCCCCUCAGUGCUCCGGAGGUCUAUGGGAAGCGGCAGUGA